AAUUACCUAGCUAGUUUGUCUUGUGAGAUCGAUCGAGCUAGCUUGCUAGGCCGGCAAGAGUUUGUCCGGCAGACUAGGCCGGUAGAAGCUACACCGGACCUAGUAGCGGUCACCACCAUGUUAGGAACUUGCUCCUCUGCAUCUCUUUUGCUCGUCGUAAUAACACUCAUAUACCUUGUCCAAAGGUUUGGGUUCAAGAGCAACAUCUGUGGUGUCACAUGCUCAUCGGCAAUGGUUCCACUUCCACCAGGGCCGUUGCCGUGGCUGGUGGUCGGUAACCUGCCCGAAAUGAUGCUCAACAAGCCGGCAUUCCGUUGGAUCCAUCUCGUGAUGAAGAAGAUGGGCACCGAUAUCGCCUGCUUCCGCCUCGGCCGUGUCAACGUCGUCCCCAUCACCUGCCCCAAGAUAGCGAGAGAGGUGCUCAAGAAGCAGGACGCGAACUUCGUGUCCCGGCCGCUCACCUUCGCCUCCAGCGCCGUCAGCUGCGGUUACAAGAACGUGGUGCUCUCGCCGUUCGGGGAGCAGUGGAAGAAGAUGCGUCGGGUGCUCACCACCGAGAUCAUUUGCCCUUCCCGCCACAAGUGGCUCCACGACAAGCGAGCUGACGAGGCCGACAACUUCACACGCUACGUCUACAAUCUUGCCACCGGCACCAGCUCCAGGGGGUCGUCUUCAACAUCGGAUGCCAACGUCGAUGUCAGGCAUGUCACACGACAUUACUGUGGCAACGUCAUCCGUCGGCUUGUCUUCGGUAAGCGGUACUUCGGGGAGCCUCAACCCGACGGCGGGCCGGGGCCGCUUGAGAUGGAGCACAUAGAUGCUUCAUUCACUUGCCUGGGGUUCGUCUACUCCUUCUGCAUCAGCGACUACCUCCCGUGGCUGCUUGGUCUUGACCUUGAUGGCCAGGAGAAGGUGAUCAAGGAGGCCAAUGCGACGGUGAAUAGACUGCACGACAUGGUCAUUGAUGAGCGUUGGAGGCACUGGAAGGGUGGCGAGACGCAGGACGAGGUCGAAGAUUUCCUCGACGUUCUCAUCACGCUCAAGGAUGGGCAUGGCAGCCCGUUGCUUACCAUCGAGGAGGUGAAAGCAGUAUGCAAGGGGGACAUAAUAUUUGCGGCGCUAGAUAAUCCUUCCAACGCCGUGGAGUGGGCGCUAGCAGAGAUGGUGAACAACCCGGAGUUGCUGGACAAGGCGGUGGAGGAGAUGGACCGGGUGGUCGGUCGGGAGCGGUUGGUGCAGGAGUCCGACAUCCCGCAGCUCAACUACAUCAAGGCGUGCAUACGUGAGGCAUUUCGACUUCAUCCUAUUGCUCCCUUCAACUUGCCGCAUGUCGCGUUGGUCGACACUACUGUCGCCGGCUACCGUGUGCCCAAGGGGAGCCACGUCCUCCUCAGCCGGGUCGGCCUAGGCAGGAACCCCACCGUCUGGGAUGACCCGCUACGCUUCAAGCCAGAGCGCCACAUGAGAGACGACGCCGGCGUAGAGCUCACUGAGAACGAGCUGCGGUUCAUCUCCUUCAGCACUGGCCGCCGUGGCUGCAUUGCAGCGUCGCUAGGGACGACGAUCAGCGUCAUGCUCUUCGGCAGGCUCCUACAGGGUUUUACAUGGGCCAAACCAGUUGGGGUGUCCUUCAUCAAUCUCAGCGAGUCCAAGCAGGAUCUCUCCAUGGAAAAGCCGCUGCUGCUGCACGCGGAGCCACGCCUGCCGUUGCACCUCUACCCGACGAGCCGUUGAAGUUCGAUCGAUCGAUCAUGGGAGGCCAUGCAUCUCCGUCCCAGCUUUUCUGUGCACUUCUUUUAUUUUCCAUUUCUUAUGUCACGGCAAAUAAAAGAAGUGAUGGUUAUGUGGCAAAUAAUAAAUAUUUUAAAGAAAAGUGUGUGAUAAAUUAUGAAUAAAAUUGUGACAAAUUGUAAAAUUCCCCGACGGUGUUGGGGUUGAGGAUUAGCCUCGCAGCAAUUAUCUAUACCUAUACCUAAUAAUAAAAGUAAAAGGGUUUCCGUGGUUCGGUCUAUCGUC